AUGCAUGAUCCUGGCUUCCCAGAGCAUCAUGCUCCGUCAAAAGAAGAGAUGGAUCCGGUGGUCUUGGCUGAAAAGGAUCCUCUUGCCACGCAGGUUUGGCGGAUGUACGCCAAACAACGCGACCAACUUCCCAACGCUGCACGAAUGGAGAAUCUUACGUGGCGGCUCAUGUCUCUCACUCUACGCCGUCAGCGUGAGCAACAUGAGUCUGUCGCUAACUCGCUAGACUCCUCGCUUUCAUCCAAGAAUACCGCGAAUGCGGGCUUUGUUGCCACCACUCCCAGUUCGUCUGCUGUUUCUCCAGCUACAGACACAGCUAAAAAGACAGACUCGCCGACAUCAGUCUUGCCCUCUUCCUCUCUGCAUGCUGCGCCUUCUUGCUCUGAAGAGCGUGAAUCAGGGGUCGACGUGCAACGCGGGCGCAACAAGACGGUGCGCACGAUAGGGGUGAGCGCGAUGCCUUUUGAUGUGAAGCCAACGAAUGAGAACUCUCGUUUCUUUCAACGCUCACGCUCACGUUCAUUGAGCAUGAUGGACCUUGAGCGUUCUAGUUCUCGGCGCCAGUGCUCUCGGGAGAGACACCCUGCCGACUCGCCGUUGAUGAAUGGGGACCCAUUUGGUCUUGGAUCCCAACAAGACAUGAUGCUUGACCUAGGUCUACGUGACCCCGAGCUGCUUUUUAAUGAAGUCACAAAUGAUAUCCUUGACAUGGCUGGUUCGACGGGGUCAGACUUGCUUUUACCUGCGAACUUGCUACCGCCACGACCCAUUUCGGGCGUCGAAAACAUGUCUCCGUUACACUCCGUCUCCGCGACACAGCCAUCCUUGACUCUGCCGAAGCAAGACAUGACUGUUUCUCGGUCUUCUGAAGAGUCGAGCGCAGUCUUUUCCGAGUCAGACAAAGAACUUGCAAAGAAGCGAUUACUUAACGAAUUCACAAUGGCGGCUUAUAAAAACCUUUUUGACCAGUCAGAACCCAAUGCAUGGCGCGCAGUGUCUGAUCUGGAGCACCAUGCUCAUGUUGUCAUGGAAAUGAGCGGCAAGCGCAUCAACUCUCUUCACCUUAAUCAAGACCGGGACGAUGGAUUUUUGUCCAACAAAUCGAUGCUCGACAGUGUACCUGGCAUUGACGAUUAUGUCGGACAUAAAGCAAAUCAACAUCCUGAAUAUGGAUUUCUUCCUCGUCUCGUGCGAAAGACCUCGUUCGAUCACAAGGUCCGCGAACGCAGUGAGUCUCGCGGUCCUCGUAAUCGGGUGUCUCAGCUGGCGGACAAGUCGAAUGACGCUGAACAAGUUCAGUCUCGCAAACGUGUGAGAGGCGGAUCUCCCAUGCCAUUUGGCAUGAGCAUGCCCAAAACUGGAGACCAACGUGUUGCUUCAGGUCUAUCUCGCGAAAUGCCUCAUUCGUACUCGCAUGGUCUCAUGCAGUACAUGCCUUCCGUUUCAUUUGACUUUUUCAUGCCCCCUCCAGGAGCAGAGUCUAAUACCAACCAUACGGACAUGCCUUCCUCAUCGUUGAGUUCGUUGCCAACGAGGUCCGCUUCUGUUACAAACGAGAAUCUACCGCCUAUGAUGCAAAUAAAUCCUCGCUUACAGACCGAUUCGAUUGCCCCCGCAUCAUUCGCACCUACGUCCAUGCCUGCAUCUGUACACCCUUCCACCCCAAACCUGCAAAGCAACUUUUUGAAUGCCUCUUUUUCAGGAUUUGCAGGAGCAACAUCUUCUACGCCAGCAAGCUCGCCAAGCACUCCAAGUGCCACCUCAAAUCCGGCAGUGUCUCCUUCGCUUUUGCAUGUCGAUCCGACACAGUUGCUUGCGCAGCGCACACCUGCCAGUGGAUCAUUGGGGGGAAAUAGUGCCAGUGGCAUGCUAUCAAGUCAGACGCUCACUGACAUGGAUUCUUCAUCAAUGCCCUCCGAAAGAAUUUUCUCCCAGACAAUACAAAGGCCGCCAAUCCAUUCGCAGCAGUCUGUGCUUUUUGAUCAGACAAAUCCUAACGGCACAUUUUUCACCUCUGUAUUUCAUCCUUUAUCGGUUGUGGACCCAUCUUCAUCUUUUCCCGGGCCUAUGCAAAACCAGUACUCGCCGAUGCAAGCGGGCCAUCAAGUUCCUGACUCGUACUUCAGCGUGCCAUGCACUGCUCUAAACACUAAUCUGACGAGGCAUGUUCCGAUGUCCUCACCUGAACAGCCUCAGCCCAAGUCUCCCAAUGAAUGCAUGGAACAGCAACAGCAGCAACAGCAUCACCAGCAGUCGCAGCUACAUGCAACCCUGUCUGCAGAAAACCUUGGCAGCGCCUCUUCGCCAACGUCCACAACCAGAUGCUUCAAUUGCCACACGUCCAUGACGCCUCUAUGGCGUCGAGAUCCCGAUGGAAAUGUGCUGUGCAACGCUUGUGGUUUAUUCCAUCGCCUUCAUGGCGUGAUGCGUCCACUUUCUUUGAAAACUGAUGUGAUCAAGAAGCGAAACCGAAGCGGCACAUCGGCACGUGAUGGAACUGCUCGUGGUCGUACUUCAGCUAGCGUUCGCCGCAGCGCCGUUCCUCCUUCAUCCGAGAUGACUUCUAGCGAUUCGCUGCCACCGAAGUCUUCCGAAUAG